UAUCUUCUAAGCUUGUUUGCAUUCUACUUUAACCAAAAGAAAUAUAUUUUCUUUCUGAUCAUCUUCUUUUUCCUAAGCAGAUGACAAUCAUAGAGAAGAGUAAGAGAGGUGUGAAGUACUUCGUGGUGGAUGCUUUCACUGACUCUGCUUUCAAAGGGAACCCUGCAGCCGUUUGCUUCCUCAACGACGAGAGAGACGACGCGUGGCUUCAGUCUCUCGCCGCCGAAUUCAACAUCUCCCAAACUAGUUUCCUUACUCCCCUCACUGGUUUCGAAGCUCGCUUCAGUCUCCGUUGGUUCACCCCUGUAGCGGAGGUGGAUCUCUGUGGACAUGCUACUUUGGCAUCUGCUCAUUGUCUCUUCUCCAAUGGUUUGGUUGAUUCAGACAAUAUCGAGUUUGUCACAAAGUCAGGGAUUCUUACAGCCAAGCGAGUCUUAGAUACUUCAGAGCUCAAUGAUGAAGGAUCCUUUUUGAUUGAGUUGAACUUCCCCGUGAUUCCAACUUGUGAUAUCAAUCUCAGUGAUGCCUCCUCUUCCAUGAUCAGCAAGGCCUUGAGUGGAGCUACCAUUCUUGAUAUUAAAGCUACUGCCACCAACAACAUCCUAGUUGUGCUUCCAUCUUUGGAAUCUGUCACUGAGUUGCAACCAAGAAUGGAUGAUAUAUUGAAAUGCCCUUGCGAUGGCAUCAUCGUGACAGCUGCAGGUUCGGCCUAUGAUUUUCACAGUCGUUACUUUGCUCCUAAACUUGGAGUUGAUGAGGACCCUGUUUGUGGAAGUGCACAUUGUGCAUUGGCACAUUACUGGAGCCUCAAGAUGAACAAAUGUGACUUCUUAGCCCACCAAGCUUCACGUAGGAGUGGAACUCUUAAGAUUCAUUUUGACAAGGAGAAACAGAGGGUUCUCUUGAGAGGCAAAGCCGUCACUGUAAUGGAAGGCCAUGUCUUGGUCUAAUGUUGAGAUCAUGUAUUGUUACAAAAACAAGGUCCUCCCAUUAUUUAAUGAAUAAUGACAGAAAAUCAUUGAUAUAAAAUGUUUAUGUUUCCUGACCAUAUGCGUUUCAUUUUGCAUCAACUUUUCUCUGUGUGGGGCUAGUGACAAUUAUUUGUUUGGGACCUUUCUUUUUGGUGGUAAGUAAAACAGAUCUUUUUU